AUGGCAUAUAUGAGGCCCAGGAUUGUUUAUUUAGGCCUAGAAGAGAUUAGGUUCAAGUUCAAUAACGAAGUAUAUAAGGAGAUGGCAUUAUCAGAUGUAUUGAUGAGAUGUGCUGUGAUUGUGGCAUCAAUACUACUCACAUCCCAGGCGGCGGUAUUACCUCAAACAAUACAGUUCGCAGGUUUAGGGGCAAUAUUUGCCCAGUCAAUACUACCUAAGCGUCUAUUGCCAGACGACACCGCGUGCCCUUCAUCAGGAGCUGCUGUAGAACAUUUGGAACCCGUGUGGUUGGCAGGUCUUGUGCUGGAAGCCGCCUCACAACCCUCCUGCUUCAUUACUCUCAUCCAUCAUGCUAACUCUCUACAGUCUUCAUUUUUCACAGAGUUCAGUCAGCUGGCGGCGCCGUGGGGAGUGUCGGUAUUCGAGGUGUCAGAGGACGGUCAGGACGCUAACUUGACGCUGACGAAGCUUUCUCGGGUGGUUGGCAUGUCUCGGCGGGUGCGGCAGGUGUCAUGGUGCGCGACGGUGGUGGUGGUGAGCGACGACCUCGCCUUCCUCGCCACCUUCGCCCAGUGGUCCCUCAAGGGCCGCCUCCUGGUGUGGUCGACGAGGCUCCUGGUCGUCACCCGCCUCCCGCUCCACCACCUGCAGGUCCUUGUGAGCUCUCACUGGACCUUCUCCAUGAUGAAUGCAAUGCUGCUUGUCUUGGAUGAAUGGUCACGGAUCCCUAGUGUGAGCGUGUAUGUGAACCUGCCGUAUAGCGCCUCUGGAGCCAGGAUAGUGAGGACUGCUUGCUGGACGGCAGCUCGUGGCCUUCUGCUCCCUACCUAUCCUCUCUUCCCGGACAAGUUCAACAACUUUUACGGAGCCACAGUCAACGUGACAGCUCUGUCAUACAGACCAUACUGGAGCGAGGCGAAGGACCAGGGCUCUGGGGGUGUGACCAGGUACUCUGGCAGCGACGCCCAGAUGCUCAUGACCAUAGCUGAAGUCCUCAACUUUACCUUUAAUGUCCUUCCUGUGACCACCUGGGACCAGGUGACAGGCCUGGUGUCGGAGAGGUCGUCCUUCAUGGCCACCAUCUACCACGUACAGAUGCCACAGCGCCAACUGCUCUACGAUUACACAUACAUCUAUCAACAUGACACUGUGGAGUUCACACUGGCAACACCGUCCCUCAUGCCUAACUGGCAGAGCCUCUACGCUCCUCUGACGGACACUGUGUGGGCCUCAGUCCUCGCCUCCCUACUUCUCGUUCCCGUCCUCAUGUUCUUGAUCGGUCGACCUAAACACGGAGAGGAGCACAGCGGGGGAAUAUCUAUGGCAGACGCGGCCGAGAUAGCUGUUGGGGCACUGCUCGGCCAGGGCACCAACAAGCACCUUCCUGGGAGUAGUUCGAGUCGGGUGCUGCUGGUGACGUGGCUGGUGUUUUCCUUCGUGGUGGGCACCGUCUACAGGGGCAACCUCACCGCCGCCCUCACCAUGCCCAAGUACCCACCCAGACCUGAGACCCUCCAGCAGCUGGUCAAAGCUGUUCACAAGGUAACGAUGCCAUCUUUUGGAGAGUCAUUUCGACAGUUCUUCAAACAAUCGGAUUCCGAGGUGUUCCAGGCUCUGUCUCGCCUCAUGGAGAUAGUCCCGUCUGCUGAAUACGGAUUGCAACAAGUUGUUGAGAAGAAGUAG